UAUUUAGCAAAAAAAAUAUUUGCACAGUGUGGAGCAAGAGUUCACGUGAAUCCAGGUGAACGUCAGGAGGUGGAAUCCUCAAACAGAGGAGCUGCACUGAGGGGAGACAUCACAACUCGUUCCAUUGAAUCUCCUCUCCAGCGAGAAGCUGAGCAGUGGAGUCCGUGGUGGGAGUGGGCAGGGCCUUCAGGGGUCGAGAUGCGGAGAGACUAACCUUCGGCACAUGUUUGGUCCACAGCUCGGCACCAUGGCGGCUGCAGCUCCUCUCCCCGUGCUCGUCCUCUUCUGCCUUCACAUCCUCACCGCUUCAACUCAAGUCCUCCCCGAGAGACGCCCACACAUCACUGGCUGUGUCUCCAACAACAUGGAGACUUUCCGCUGCAGAUGGAAUGUCGGCACUUUCCAGAACCUCUCCGAGCCCGGAGCCCUCCGCUUAUUCUACAUUAACAAAACGCCGUUGCCGGACUUCCCUAAAGAUUGGACGGAGUGUCCUCACUACAGCACCGAGCGGCCCAACGAGUGCUUCUUCAACGAGAACCACACGGUCAUCUGGACCCUUUACAACGUCCAGCUCCGCUCGGCGGACCCAGCCGUCCUCUAUGACGAGAACCUUUUCUACGUUCAAGACAUCGUUCAACCAGAUCCACCGUUCAGCCUGAACUGGACGCUGCUGAAUGUGAGUUCGACCGGGUCCAACUAUGACAUCAUGCUGAGCUGGAAGCCUCCAGAGUCUGCGGAUGUGGAGAUGGGAUGGAUGACUCUUCAGUACGAGUUCCAGCACCGCGACGUGAACUCUGACCUGUGGAAGGCGUCCGACCUGGUGAGGAGCACACACCGCUCCCUCUACGGGCUCCAAACUAACGUCAAUUACGAGGUUCGGGUUCGGUGCAAAGUGCCCGCAGGGAAAGACUUCGGAGAAUUCAGCGACUCCAUCUUUGUCCAUAUCCCAUCUAAAGUGUCGAGGUUCCCGGUCAUGGCUUUGCUCAUCUUUGGCACCUUGUGUUUAGUGGCCAUCCUGAUGUUAGUUCUCAUAUCGCAGCAGGAAAAGUUGAUAUUUAUUCUUUUGCCUCCGGUUCCUGGACCGAAAAUCAGAGGAAUUGAUCCUGAGCUCCUGAAGAAAGGAAAGCUGAGAGAGUUGACAUCCAUCCUGGGAGGCCCCCCUGAUCUGAGGCCGGAGCUGUACAACAGCGACCCCUGGGUGGAGUUCAUCGAUCUGGACAUGGAGGAGCAGAGUGACAGGCUGACAGAGCUGGACACGGAUUGUCUCGUGGACCGCUCCCUGUUCUCCAGCUGCUCUCCUCUCUCCAUCAGCUUCAGAGACGACGACUCGGGCCGGGCCAGCUGCUGCGACCCGGAUCUCCCCAUCGACUCGGACGUGUCACCGUUCUACCCUCUCAUCCCGAACCAAGCCCUCAGUAAAGAACCAUCGUGCCUGGGGGCCUCCGAGCCGAGCAGCCCAACUGCCGCAGAGACGGCGACCGCGGCUCCUGGUCGGGAGGCUCUGUACACGCAGGUGAGCGAGGUGAGGUCGUCCGGCAAAGUGCUGCUGGCACCUGAGGAUCAGACUGACGUGGGACAAGCUACAAACAAAGACUCGGAGAAAGACACUGUGGUGGAGCGGGAGAAUGAAAUGAAAGACUUUCAGCUGCUGCUGGUGGAUGCAGAUCACGGAGGCUACACCUCCGAGCUGAAAGCCGGGAAAAUGAGCCCCAGUUUGUCCUCAGGGGAUCUGAGCGAGCACGGCCGCACGGUGCCAUCGCCUUACUACGGAUCAGAUGCCACCGCCUUGUCCCCGCUACCCUCCGCUCCUGUCUACACCGUGGUCGAGGGCGUUGACAGACAGAACAGCCUCUUACUGACAUCGAACUCGACACCCGUCCCACAGAUAAUAAUCCCAAAGCCCAUGCCCACACCGGACGGCUACCUGACCCCUGAGCUUCUGGGAAGCGUCACGCCGUAGGUGGAGUGUGCAAAGUUAAGACUAUUCACUCAAGGGCGGAUACGUUUCGGAACAGUCUCGAGGAUUGAUUUUCCCAACACUGUGUUUUGAUGCCAGCUCGCUUAAAAUAGUUGAAGGGCCAUCUGCGGCUGUCCCCCCCCCCCCUCGACAAGGCUGUGAAAUCCACAAGUUUGUUAUGAGCGAUGGAGAGGACACAAGAAUGUGUUGUGCUGCAGUUGUGGGAAGAAAAUAACUCAACAGUCUGACGCCUCAAAACACGACCUCAACACUAGUUCUUAAUGAACACAGGAAGCUGCAAUAAACAAGUUUGGCCACUAGAGAACUGAACAAUCCCCCGACGACCCCAACGUAUUAAAGUUGAACUCUUUUAUAACUCAGGUCUCCAUCGACCCCUGAGGAAGGUCUCUGACCAUUUAAACUUUUGUAGCUUCUCCAUCAGGUUCAAAGGGAAAUUAUUUAACUCCCCCACAAGUCCUUGCCGGUGUGGUUGUAGGCUACUUUGCUAAUUUGCUAAUUUCCCACUGGUUUUUUAGGCUUCGGUGAAAAAACGGUGGAACCCUAACGACCGAGAGGAACCUUUAACCUCUUUCAAAAAAAAAAUGCUGGGACUAAAAGUUUCAACAACUUUUGUGGAAAUAAAAUAAUAAAUAAUAAAAAAAAAGAGUAAAAAGCUCUGUAGACUCGCCGACGAUUCCCCGUUGACGCCUCUCUCAUUUCAUAUCGUCUCAGAAUUUAUGAUGUCGACUCAUGCAGCACUCAUUUUUCUUUGUUUGUUUUAUUCUCAAAACUUUGUAAUGAUAACUUUCUUUAGGAUAAAAUCCAGUUCAGGGUUUGUAUUGUCUGGAAGCGUGAACUCGCCGCCUCUCGUUUCCGUCUCAGGCUCUAACAGGUCGACUUGUUGUUAACCACCGUGAAGCAGAACAAAGUUCAAAUGAUCAACUGGAGCAGGAAAUACUCAACAUCAUCUUAUUUUAGUUCAUUUUUCAUUUCUUCGUUGACUUUUCGGAGCCGACAGCGAAAAAAGUAUUAGAUGGUUCGUCUUCUGAAGUAACAGUACACAGUGGAAGUACUUCAGCCAGUAUUUUUUAAUGCAUGGACUCUUUUUUUUUUUUUUUUUUUGGUUUCUAGUAAAAUGUGCGUGUUUCAUGUCCAUUUAAUUGUUUAGGUACAUUUUUCAUCAGUGUUGAAUUUGACAGUUUUUACAUUUUAUCUGUUUAAAAAGGGUCAAAUAAAAACUUUCGUA